ACCACCAGCAUGUCGUUCGCCACCUACUUCAGCGCGCUGCCGCCCUCGCUCUCCCUCGUCGGCUACACCGCCAUCGUCACCGGCUCGUCGUCGGGCAUCGGGCGGCAGACGGCGCUGCACCUGGCGCGCCUCGGCGCCGCCGUCGUCUGUGCCGACCUGCAGCCGGCGCCGCUGCAGGAGCGCCAGGCGGGAGCGGAGCAGCAGGAGAAGCAGGACUGCUAUGAUCUGGCAACGCAUGAGAUCAUCCAGAGGGCCGGAGGCACGGCGCAGUUUGUGCAGUGCAAUGUGACGCGCGAAGAGGACUGGCAGCGCACGAUUGCGGCGGCCGUGGAGCUCGGCGGCGGGCGUCUGGACAUCCUCGUCAACAACGCAGGCAUCGCCAAGUUCAGCGGCGGCAUCCUCCAAGAGACGCUGGAGAUGUACGAUCAGCAGAUGGCGGUCAAUGUGCGCGGCGUCUUCAUCGGCACCAAGCUGGCGCUCGCGCAGAUGGUGACGCAGGCGCCGCGUGCGCUGCCCGCCGACCGCGAGCUGGACCUGGACGAGAUGUCGCCCUCGGAGCUGGAGGGCAGCGGUGCGCGCCUGCGCCCCGCAUACGAGCAGGACAAGCCGACUCCGGCCACGUCGGGCCGCCUCGAGGGUGACACGGGCGGGCGCGGCAGCCGCGGCUCCAUCAUCAACAUCGGCUCGUUGCACGGUUUCAUCGGCGGACCGGGCGAGGCGGCGUACGGCGCAAGCAAGGGCGCCAUCGUGAACCUCACGCGCCAAGUGGCCGGCGACUACGCCAGCGAGCGCGUGCAGGUCAACUGCAUCUGUCCCGGCUACGUCGACUCGGCCAUGACACUCAACGUGCCGCCGGCGCUCGCGGCCAAGCGGCCCACGCCGUGGCCGCACCGCGGAAACGGGCGCGACGUGGCCAAGAGCGUCAUCUACUUUGCGCGCGACUCGCCCUGGUCCACAGGCACGGUGCUGCUGCUCGACGGCGGCACCUCUGCUCGCUGAAGCGGUCCCACAACAAACGAAGAUGAUGCAAAUAGAUAGUUGUCGGUGA